AUGAAAUUUCUUUUUGUUAUUCUACUAAUAGUUGUGGUGAUGUUUGCUAUCCAAACUGUUGCUGAACUUUAUCAAUCAGUAAAUGAAUCUUUUGAUAGUUGUAGUUUAUAUUCUCCAGAAAAUCGAAAUGGAAAAAGAUCAUGUUUAAAUCCGUUAGAUGAACCGUUUGUUCGAAGCUGUUUGAAAACUUGUAAACUGUGCUGUCACGACAAGAAAUACAACUGUAAUAAUCGAGAAAAUGCAACUGUAUGUGAACUGGUGGGAAUCGCAGGACUUUGCGACGACAAAGAUUAUCCAAAACUGGGAAAGGAAGCAUGUCCAAAAACUUGUGGUAAAUGUGAGGAAUUAGGAGAGUGUAAUGACAAAGGUGGUGAACAGUGCCUCAAAUUUAAGCAGUUUUGUGAACAGAAAAGUCAGUUGGGAGAUUAUGCUAGAGAAAACUGCAAGUUUACAUGUAAUAAAUGCAACACUGAUGGAAAUUUAUAUAAGCCAAAAUGUUUCUGCUACAACCAUAAUAAACAGCUAAACUGUUUAGCAAAAAUUCUUUUUUUUUAUACCUCACUUAUAGGCAACUUUAGCGACAGAUAUUUAUUUAUUUAUUUAAUUAUUUUUUGUUGUUGUUUGCAUAAAUUGAUAGCUUUUCGUAAAAAUUUUAAAAAACUGAUCUUUUUACUGGUUAACCAGUUCAAAAAUUAG